CCGGUUUCAGCGCUCCACAUUUGAAAAGGGUUCGGUUAGAUUUGAGGGGGCUCGUUCGCCAUUGUUAAAAGGCUGCGUCCGCAAUGUUGCCAAAAGUCGCAUUUGGAAAAUAGAAGUUGAGAACAAGGAGUCUAAAAAAUAUCGGAAUUGCAACAUGGCUCAGCGUGUGGCUGUACCAGAUGCAGCAAACAAGAAGACAACCAGGGUUCGGGUGGCAGUUCGUCUGCGACCGUAUAUGGGCAAGCAUGAUGAGAAAAGCGAGGGGCUGUGUGUAAGAGGCCUGGACUCACAGAAUCUGGAGAUAAUCAACUGGAGAAAUGCUACAGAAACAGUCAAAUACCAUUUUGAUGUUUUUCAUGGUGAGCAAACAACACAGCAAGACGUUUUCCUCUCGUCAGUAAAGCCCAUUCUACCACACAUACUGAAUGGACAAAAUGCCAGUGUGUUUGCCUAUGGACCAACGGGAGCUGGUAAAACCCACACCAUGAUGGGCAGUUCAGAUCAGCCAGGCGUAAUCCCCCGAGCUGUUCGUGCCGUCUUCAAUAUGGUCAAAGCUAAGGAUGAGGAUGAAGGAUGGGACUACAGCAUUGGCAUGUCUUAUCUGGAAAUUUAUAAUGAGAAGGUGCUAGAUCUUCUGUCACCGAGUUCCCAGGAUUUGCCAAUCAGAGAGGACAAGGACAAAAACAUCCUCAUUCCUGGUCUCACUCACACAACCAUCUCCUCCUUCUCGGACUUCGACAAACACUUUGUUCCAGCCAGCCUCAAUCGUACAACCGCUUCAACCAAACUCAACCAGCGCUCCAGCCGCAGCCACGCCAUCCUCCUCAUCAAGGUUGUGCGGACUCAGCGUGCCCUGCCCCACAGACAACAGACAGGAAAGCUGUACUUGAUAGACCUGGCCGGGUCUGAGGACAACCGUCGCACCGGCAACCAGGGCAUCCGCCUAAAGGAGAGCGGCGCCAUCAACCUGUCUCUCUUUACUCUCAGCAAGGUCGUGGACUCUCUUAACUCUGGCACUGCCGUCCGUGUGCCCUACAGAGACAGUAAACUGACACGGCUGCUACAGGACUCUCUGGGCGGCUCGGCACACUCGGUCAUGAUCACCAAUAUUGCACCCGAGUACAAGUACUAUUUUGACACGUUCAGUGCACUCAACUUUGCCUCCAAAUCCAAGCUCAUCGUGAACAAACCCUUCACCUGUGAAACUGUGGCUGUGCUGCCAGUGAAGCGGGCCAGAGAAGACCACGAGGCAGGCGGCUCUGGCACCGAGCCACAGAAGAAGAGGCAGAAAGACGAGAGGAAAGCGGAGCAGGAUGGUUCCUCACCUUCUGCACAUUAUCACAGCCCGUCAGAAGCGUCAGUGAUGGACAGGCUGUUAGCUCUGGAGAAGCUGAUGAUGAACUGCCAGAACAAAGACAGACUCGGCAUGCUGAAAGAUGUGGCCCAGUCUCGCAAGGAGAUCCAGGAGCUCAAAGAGAAGCAGAGGGAGUUUGAGAGCAAGGCCAUGUUAUUCAGUCAGCUGGCUGGAGAAAAGUCCAGUGGCAAACAGGAGGCUGCCUUCAAGAACAACGUGGUUCCUUUACAAAGAAAACAGACAACUGCCGCAAAAGUCAAAAAGCAGCAGGCCGUGGUCCAACCCUUACAAGUGUCCCAGCUCCAGCCUCUUCAGCAGCUUGCGGUCGUCAAGAAACCGUCCGUCUGCGUCAAGAAGAAAGAGAGGAAGCUUUCAGACCAGGUUGAGCCUCCAGAUGGCAAAGAGAACAUAAUGGAGAAUGGCUGGGAGUCCCAACUUGACAACUCUGUGCUGGAGCACUCCAGACAGAAAAUCCUGAACGUUCUCAAUAACGGCUCCCUCAAAGAGCUGAAAGGUUUGCAGCAGAUCGGCGACAAAAAGGCAAAGCUCAUCCUGGGCUGGAGGGAGAUCCAUGGUCACUUCGUAAAGUUGGAAGAUCUGCUAAAAGUUGAGGGAAUGACAGACAAGAGAUUUUCCUCCUUUAUGAAGGCAAACAUCCUGAGUGCCAUGGGAAAGUGAUUUUUCUUAUUUUGUUAUUUUUAUUUUUUUUAAUUUACCGUUGUCUAAUGUAUAUGAUGUCUAUCUCUGGAGCUUUUAAUUGUCCUUUAUGCAGUUUCAUGGUGUUUUUGUAGUUACGAUUGCGUUCCAGUUGGUGGCGCACCACUGCUUUUUAAUAAAUGUCUCACGUGUCAUCUUAUGUUUGUUUAUUUUAUGAUCAUAAAUAAAUCCGAUGGUCACU